CGUGUUUCCCUGUGGCGCACACACAAGCAGGAGGAGGAGAAAGAGGAGGAGGAAACGUGGGUCCCUUUGCAGGCCUGGCCUGGCGGCCUCCACCCCACCGUCACCCUGGCGCUGCAUUGCUUAGACGGGGUCUUCCUGUCUCCCAUGGAGAAUGACUUCGUCAACAAGAUCGUUGAGGAGCUGGACCACUUCUUGCUUCAAAACCAGCUGGAGAAGGUCCUGUUGUUUCCUCCCUUGUCCAGUCGCCUUCGGUACCUGAUCCACCGGACCGUUGACGAUGUCGACCAUCUGAGCAGCUUCUCUGUGGGAGAAGGAUGGAGGCGGAGGACGGUGGUCUGCCACUCGGCCAUAAGGUUACCAGAUGAGCCGGAGGACCAAGAUGGCUCGCGUGGAAGCACCUCCACCUCAAAUCACCCUCCCUAUUCAAAGAACAGAGGUGGCAGGUCAAGAGGAGGCCCGAGGGGAGGCCCACGAAACGUGGAAGCCCUGGCCGAUGGCUCUCAGAUGCGGAGGGGAAGUGGCCGUGGAAGGAGGCAGCCCCGGAGGAAGCCGGACCGAGCUCUGUACAUCCCCAGGGCCAUGAGGAAGAAUCCCGAGGGCUUGCAAAAGGAAGAUCUUCCUGAAAUACCUGGAAGUGAGUUGAGCGGCUUUGGAACGACUGAGUAUGACAUUCAGAGAUCAAACGUGAUUAACGUCAACGAGGCCAACAAGUUACCCGGUCCUGAUGUGGAACAUGGAGAGGUUGAAAGCCCCCAACAGAUGUCAACAACGACUACAGAGUCUGAUAUGAAGUGUGACAAAGAAGAACUUGCAGAGUGUGCAAGUUCUUCUCUGCUGGAAAGUCCACCCAGUCUGCUGGAAGAUGUCACCCAGCCUCAUGAUGAGCCAGCUUCCUUGACCUCAGAAGCCAGCCAAACCUUGGAUACAACAGAGAGCGCAUCUGCAAGUGACAGGGAUGCUGUAGUACUUGAGUGCUGUGAAGAUUCAGGCUUCCAAGAAGUCCAGAAAGAGGAGAGUGCUGCCAAUGUCGUCCCGAGAGAAACCGGGCAGCCACCAUCGCUGGGAGAAGAAGACAGCCCACUUCCAGAGACCACUGUUGUGGAGCUGAGCAUGAAAAUAUCAAUUCUGGAAGACGAGGGAAAGCGCAGUCCAGAUUCCUCUGUUUUGGAAAGUGACACCUUCCCAUCCCUGCCAGAAGACUGUGAGGAGCGUGUUAGCGAUACCGCGUCGCCAAAUCCAUGCGACGUGGAAGAUACAACCCGUUCUCAUUCCAGUGGAGUGGAAGAGACCAAGGUGCCACCAUCUCUGGAUGAAGGUGCAACAGAUGACGCUGUGCCGGAAGCGCCAGCCUUGGGGACCCCAGCGAAAGACUGCCCUGAUGCCUCUGUGUUUCCGUGUAGGCAGACUGUAGAGUCUUGUAGAGACAUUGGGGAUCAAAACAGAACUGGUUUUCCUGGGUGGACACCUUCCCUCGGACAGAGAGGCUGCAAAGAUCCGCCUGUGCCGGACUCUCAGGCCUCACCUUACCUAAAUACCUCUGUUUGUGAGAAGGGCAAAGGCGGCUGGGUUCUUGAAAACCAGCAGAGAGACACACUUGACCUGGGAGGACAUCGGUGGCCUGGGCUGGAAUUGUCUUCUGGGGACAGAGGCCUCGGGAGCUCCGUGGUGGAAGAAAAGGACAGCGGCGUCUUUGAGGAGGACUGCGGCGCCGAGCUCUUGCAAGAGAUCACAAAUUAUUUGACCAUAAAGGACAUAAGCAUUGAAAAAAUCCAGUUUGAUUAUUCUAGCUAUGGGGAGGCCCAGAUCAACGAAGGGGAUUUUGGACAUGUGCUCGAGAUCUAUGAUUUUUCUCCCUCACUAAAAACGGAGCACCUCCUGGAGGUAUUUGCAGAGUUUCAAGAGAGUGGAUUUAAGCUGCAGUGGGUCGAUGACACUCAUGCUCUCGGUAUCUUCUCCAGUUUGGCAACAGCAUCUGAAGCACUGGAACAGAGUUAUACCUCCUUAAAGGUCCGGCCUCUGAUCCAUGGUACGAGACAGUCCAAAAUCAAAGCACUUCAGCGGCCAAAGCUCCUGCAACUGGCCAAAGAGCGGCCUCAGACAGAUACCGCGGUGGCCAGAAGGCUGGUGUCCAGAGCCCUGGGAUUGCCACGGAAAACGCCACAGGACCUUCCUUGCCAAUCGCCGGAGCCACAGAACGCAAAACCGGCAGAGUAAAGCUAGCUACAUGGGGCGAUGACGACGAUGUUUGGGGUGUGGUAUUAAACCAUGUAUACCAACAGUGUGAUGGUGGCAGGUCUCCUCUCUGCCUAUUGGAUAGCCCUCGUGGGUUUGUUUUUUGGGUUUGUUUUUCAGCACAGAAAUACUGGUUGUGUUAGAAACGAGAAAUGUCUCGUGUUGGUGAGACUUCAUGGCGAGUUCCACAAACCCCCACAUGUUUGGAAAACCAUGUCAAAUGGGACCACGGCAUAAGAAACUGCCACCCCCUUUUUUAUUUUGCAAUAUGGCCAGUGCAUAUUUACAUUCGCGUGUAUGUGACCAGGUUGGUUUUAUUUUUAUUUUGUUUGCAAAACGGCUCGGAAAAGUUGGCAAGACUUGGAACGGACAUUCCGAGCCCGAAGAUGGUAAAUAUUCCCAGUCCAGUAGGAUAACUUUUGUGCUUUCCUUUCUUUCUCCUCCCUGUGCGUCUCGAGCGGAGCUGAGGGAUGUUCAUUCCAGCCAGAAAGAACUAGAAAGGAAGAGAGUGGUCAACUCCUUCAAUGCCCUCACCAAGCUCAGAUUUCGGAUGCACUUAAGAUUGAGAUACAAAUCACAAUACCCAGGAAUUGUUUUUGGAAGUGGUUGGGAACUCUGGAAACUGGAUGGUGGGAAAAAGUCAGUAGUGUCUUAAUGUCAGACUGUAGGAUCCAAAUAGCAAUAUUAAAUAACCGCUCACAAGCCGGUUUUGCUUUGAAAUGGAUAUAUUGCUUGUAUCUCCACAACAAAGAAAGACAUGACUGACUUUUUCCCACCACCUUUCCUGCCCAUCUCGCCAUCUUUUCAGUUUCCUUAUUAGAACUUGUUUCUUCACAAGUUCCAUCACAUGGUUUCCAGUGCCCUGAUUCAAUCAGGAUGUCACAGAGGGAAUUGUGAUGCCUUCAUACUGUCAGAAAUCGACUCCAAACAACCAGAAAGUAAACAAAGAACGAAGGAGCCUUCUCUCCUUUUUUUCUCCCCUUGGAAAAGGUAAUGUGUUGAAGAUAGAGGUUGAAAUUCCCUUGAAGACUUUUGUUUUGAUAGAAUGACAAUAGUUAUUGUUGUAUUAUCUAUGGUCUUUUUUGCGCCAUGGGUUUUGCUAAGUUAAGGCAGCAGCUGCCAGGCAGUCCUUAGGCACAACUGUCCCUUGUGAUGUGGACCAGUUUGCCAUCUUCACAACCUGCAUAAACAUUUGGGUUACCACCUGCCAGCUGUAAAGGGUUUCCAUAUACUUCUUGCCUGGGAUUCUGGCCUCAUGUAGCUCAAAUUUGCAAAUAAAUACCCCAAAGUGCACCAUCCUUGCACCAAAGGAUGGUCAGCCUCUCCAUUCCCUUAGGAAUGUGACAAACCAUAAAUGACAAAACAAUGACAAUGUUUGCAGCAGUUCAAUGCCUUCUUUACUCAAAGUUUGUUAAGGAGUUUCCCCCCCCCCCUCUGGUUUUGGUGUUUUGCAUUAAAACGGUUAACACAAA